AUGUUUGUGUCUUCGAAUUAUUUUAUAACGAAAUGUAUUUUAAUCAAGUCUGCUUCCAUUUGUUGUCAUCAAAGUACGAAUGCAUCUCUUGCGUCAAUAUUAUAUCCUGAACCAAAACCAAUCGAUAAGAAUGAUACGCAAUCAUCGACUACAAUGCCAUCCUCAUCAUCGCCAUCACCUUCACAAACAAAACCAACAACAAAACAACAAGCACAAGCCGUUGUCAGCUCAGCGGCUGAUGCUGCUGUCAAUGCUCUCGGAAUGGGCUGGAGUGCACUUAAUGCUGUCAGCAAUCGGAUUACAGGGUUAACUACGAGCACAUCAACAAAUAUACCGAUUAAGAAUGAGCAGUUAGAAUCGAUUGUACGUAUAGUUACACCUGAAACACUUGAACAUCGAACAAAGUCUUUGAUCCGAUCGAUUGAAUCAGCAUCAUCAACAUUAUCGUUAGCCAUACGAAUCGAAGCACUUUCCAAUCAUCUUCUUCAACACCCUGACGCAAAUUACUUUACAAAAAAGGAACGGUUAAUUCCCUAUUUACUGUUUCUUCGCCGACAAGAACGUCACAAACCUGUGAUUGAUAAAAAAUUUAUCAAUAUGAUCAAUGAAUGUUUGACAUUAGCGAACUAUGUGGAAAGACCAAAAGGCCAAGGUAUUCGACUAUUAUGCAUCGAUGGUGGUGGUAUGAGGUGCGAUAGGUUUGAUUUCCAUCAAUGCACUUCGUCGUAUUGA